AAAGAAGAGUCUUUUAGUCUAAUCUAGGGUGUAAAAUCGUAAUAGAUAAAGGUUAUGUUGAGUGGUAUUUUAUUAACAUAAACGAAUGAUUUAAUAUAAAAAAAUUAUUUUUCACAAUGUCUCGUUAUUGUUCUAUAGUCACUCGUCAAAAAUUAUCUAGAUCAAUAAAAUCCUCUCUGAACUUUGAAGAACAAGAAAUAAUUAAAUCAAGUUUGUUAAAGAAGAAUAGUUCAAACUUUUGGAAUAAAAUACUGAAAAAUGUUACACAAUUCGAAACAAAAAAUGCUAUAAGAAUAAUUAGUAACAAAAAUCAUCAUACAAACAAUAAAGUUGAUGAGUUUCAAAUUAUCAGUCACAGAAUAUUAUGUGAGGAAAUUCAAAAACUCUACAAUAAUCUUCAGGAACAGAUAUCUCAAAAACAACGGAAUUUGAGACCCAGAUUAAUACGUAAAGAUAUACAGAAGUUCUGCAAUAAUCUUCAUAAACAAGUAUCUCAAAAACAACAAGUAUUAUCUAAAUUUGAAGAAGCUGUUUCUGCAAAGAAUGAUUCUAAAACAGUAACUGUAUCAAAAGAAAAUGAAGAAUUAUUGGAUCAAUUCAAUGUUCUUAGAAAAUCUAAGUCAGCUUCCCUAAAUUUAGGAGGAUAUGGUUCACUCGGUACUUUUAUUAGUAUCUUACAAAGUGGUAAAAUGCAACAAGCAAAUAAAAAGAGUUUCGGUACUAAUUAUUUACAUACAGAAAUAAAAAAAUAUUGUAAUCACAUUCAUGAGAAAAUAUCACAAACAAGACCAAGACUAUGGACGGCAACACCACUAGCAACUGUCACUGUAAAUUCAUCAACACCUAAAAUGGAAAAUGCUACGAAUAUAGAAUCAAAACCUGAAAUAGUGAUUGAACCUAUACCAGAACCACCUGUGAUUCCAGAAGCAUUAGGAGGAACUGAAGAAGUUUUGAAUCAAGUGAGCGCUUUAGGGGAACCUACUUUUGCAUCUUUGGGUUUAGGAGGAUAUAGUCCAGUUGGGAUUGUACAGCAUUGUUUUGAAUAUUUACAUGGUACUUUAGGACUAGAAUGGUGGUUGGCAAUUGCACUAGGUACUUUAGUAGUCAGAAUAAUAUUGUUUCCCUUAGUCAUAAUGGCACAAAGAAAUGCUGCGAAAAUGAACAAUUAUCUUCCUCAGAUGCAAAUUCUGCAGUUAAAAAUGACUGAAGCUAGACAGACCGGAAACCAAAUGGACGCAGCAAGAUACUCACAAGAAUUAAUGUUAUUCAUGAAAGAAAAAGGUGUAAAUCCUUUAAAGAACAUGGUCGUACCUUUAGCACAGAUGCCAAUCUUCAUUUCAUUUUUUAUGGGAUUACGACAAAUGGCAAAUGUUCCAGUAGACAGUUUAAGAACUGGUGGAAUAUUGUGGUUUACCGAUCUUACGCUUCCAGAUCAGUAUUUUCUGAUGCCUAUUAUUACUAGUGCAACGUUAUAUGCCACUAUAGAGUUGGGAACCGAUACAGCCAAAUUGUCAUCUCAAAAUAUGCAGUUAAUGAAAUAUGUGUUAAGAGGUUUACCACUAAUUAUUUUACCUUUUACUUUUAACUUUCCUGGUGCUAUAUUAUGUUAUUGGGUAUCUAGUAAUUUCAUAUCUUUGGCACAAGUUGGAUUUUUGAGAAUACCGGCUGUCAGAGAUUAUUUCAAAAUUGAACCAAUGCAAAAGUUUAGUGUAGAUCAAAUGCCAUUAAAACCGAAAGGAUUCAGAGAGGGUUUGAAAGAUUCCUGGGAAAACAUGAAAAUUACGAAACAGUUGGAGGAAAGGAAAAGAUUAGACGAAUUGGCUUUUCAAAGAGCAGGAAAAGGACCAAUCGUGAAGACUUAUAAAUAUGAUCCGACUAAACAAACAGAACCGGAUAAAUCUGCUCCAGUUAGCGUUAAAAGUAGAUGAUUUUGUUAAAAUGUUUAUUAUUGUUGUAGAAAUAAAACGUUGAAAUA